AUGGACGGUGGCGACCAAGCUGAUUGCUUUACAAAGGAACUUAAUGUGGUGCAAGGAGGACGGUACCUAUGGCAUCCCGUUGGUCAAAUGGGAGUUGGUCCAAGCUCUGAAAAAGACUGGGGGCUUGAGGGUGGGGGAUGUGCAAAUCAGUCUGUACCGGUCAAAGGGAGGCCUUGGAUGGACAUAUGCCAGCUAAAUAUCAAAGAGCAAAGGGUGCGAGAUAAAAUGGUUAGUGGUCUGGCGAUGGAAGUCGGCAACAGUAGGAAAACCCGGUUUUGGGAAGAUAAUUGGGUUCAGGGUGGUCCCCUGAAAGUGAAUUUCCCAAGACUCUUCUCUAUUUCAAGCCAACAAGGAUUUUUGAUUGGGAAUUGUGGGUUUUGGGAUGGAUUAGAAUGGAUAUGGAACUUUCAAUGGAGGAGAAAGUUAUUCCAAUGGGAGUUAGAACCUGUACAUCAACUGCAUGAGCAAAUAAGGCCAGUGAAGAUGUCGUCUGAGAACAAAGAUAGUGUGGUGUGGAAAUUUGAUAACACAGGUGUCUUUUCCACGCAAUCCUUUCUGCAGGUAAUCCAAAUGGAGACAUUGUCAGAUGAGAUCACGAGUUAUAGCUUCACAAGUGCACUAUGGAGAGGCCUGGUACCCCCAAGAAUUGAGCUUUUUGGAUUGUUUGUGCUACUUGGUCGAAUUAAUACUAAGGAGAGGUUGACUAGAUUAGGAGUUAUUAUUCAUAGUGAUAAUAUUUGCGUCCUGUGCCACAAGGGGGUAGAAACUGUUGAGCAUUUAUUUCUUCGGUGUGAGGUAACAUGGCAGGUGUGGUGCUACUAG